AUGGGACCAUUGGAAUUUAUGGAUGUGUCCAUAGAAUUCUCUCCAGAGGAGUGGCAUUGCCUGGACGCUGCACAGUGGAAUCUGUAUAGGGAUGUGAAGUUGGAGAACUACAGAAACCUGGUCUUCCUUGAUAUUGCUUUUUCUAAGCCAGGGAGAAAACCUUUGACUGUGAAGAGACAUGAGAUGAUUGCCACACCCCCAGGUAUGUCUUCUCAUUUUGCCCAAGACCUUUUGCCAGAGCACAGCAUGAAAGAUUCUUUCCAAAAAAUGAUACUGAGCAGAUAUGAAAAAUAUGGAUAUGACACUUUAGGGUUAAAAAACAUCUGUGAAAGUGUAGAUGAGUGUCAUGUGCACAAAGCAGGUUAUAAUGGAAUUAACCAAAGUUUGACAAUAACCCACAGGAAAAUAUUUCAAUGUGAUAAAUAUAUGAAAGUAUUUUAGUUUUCAAAUUCCAACAGACAUAAGACAAGACAUAUUGCAAAAAAAAUUUUCAAAUAUAUAGAAUGUGGCAAAGCUAUUAACCUGUCCUUAACUCUUACUACACAUAAGAAAAUUGAUACUGGAGAGAAACCCUACAAAUGCGAAGAAGGUGGCAAAGCCUUCAACUGGUCCUCACACCUUAGUAUACAUAAGAAAAUUCAUACAGGAGAGAGACCCUACAGAUGUGAAGAAUGUGGCAAAGCCUUUAAGCAGUCCUCAACCCUUUCUACACAUAAGAGAAUUCAUGCAGGAGAGAAACCCUAUAAAUGUGAAGAAUGUGUCAAACGCUUUGCACGCUCCUCACACCUUUCUAGACAUAAGAGAGUUCAUACAGGAGAGAAACCCUAUAAAUGUGAAGAAUGUGGCAAAGCCUUUAAGCAGUUUUCAAACCUUUCUAGACAUAAGAGAAUUCAUGCAGGAGAGAAACCCUAUAAAUGUGAAGAAUGUGGCAAACGCUUUGCACGCUCCUCACACCUUUCUAGACAUAAGAGAGUUCAUACAGGAGAGAAACCCUAUAAAUGUGAAGAAUGUGGCAAACGCUUUGCACACUCCUCACACCUUUCUAGACAUAAGAGAGUUCAUACAGGAGAGAAACCCAAUAAAUGUGAAGAAUGUGGCAAACGCUUUCCACACUCCUCACACCUUUGUAGACAUAAGAGAAUUCAUGCAGGAGAGAAACCCUAUAAAUGUGAAGAAUGUGGCAAAGCCUUUAAGCAGUUCUCAAACGUUUCUAGACAUAAGAGAAUUCAUGCAGGAGAGAAACCCUAUAAAGGUGAAGAAUGUGGCAAACGCUUUCCACACUCCUUACACCUUUCUAGACAUAAGAGAAUUCAUGCAGGAGAGAAACCCUAUAAAUGUGAAGAAUGUGGCAAACGCUUUCCACACUCCUCACACCUUUCUAGACAUAAGAGAAUUCAUACCGGAGAGAAACCCUAUAAAUGUGAAGAAUGUGGCAAACGCUUUGCACGCUCCUCACACCUUUCUAGACAUAAGAGAAUUCAUGCAGGAGAGAAACCCUAUAAAUGUGAAGAAUGUGGCAAACGCUUUGCACGCUCCUCACACCUUUCUAGACAUAAGAGAAUUCAUACCGGAGAGAAACCCUAUAAAUGUGAAGAAUGUGGCAAACGCUUUGCACGCUCCUCACACCUUUCUAGACAUAAGAGAGUUCAUACAGGAGAGAAACCCUAUAAAGGUGAAGAAUGUGGCAAACGCUUUCCACACUCCUCACACCUUUCUAGACAUAAGAGAAUUCAUGCAGGAGAGAAACCCUAUAAAUGUGAAGAAUGUGGCAAACGCUUUGCACGCUCCUCACACCUUUCUAGACGUAAGAGAAUUCAUACCGGAGAGAAACCCUAUAAAUGUGAAGAAUGUGGCAAACGCUUCACACGCUCCUCACACCUUUCUAGACAUAAGAGAAUUCAUGCAGGAGAGAAACCCUAUAAAUGUGAAGAAUGUGGCAAAGCAUUUAAGCAGUUCUCAAACCUUUCUAGACAUAAGAGAAUUCAUGCAGGAGAGAAACCUUAUAAAUGUGAAGAAUGUGGCAAAUGCUUUGCACAUUCCUUAACCCUUUCUACACAUAAGAUAAUUCAUACUGGAGAAAAACCCUACAAAUGUGAAGAAUGUGGCAAAGCCUUUAAACAGUCCUAUAACCUUACUAUACAUAACAAAUUUCAUCCUGGAGAAAAGCCCUACAGAUGUAAAAUAUGUGGAAAAGAUAGCCUCACACCUUAG